AUGGCGUAUGAUAGAUCUUCGGAUAAAGAGUCUGCAUACGUAGAUGCACAGUACACAAGUGAAGAUAAUGCAAUGAUUUUCGAGUCCAAGAACCCACUAGAAGCUGAGUUAUCACUGAAUUUACCUCUUGCAUUGUCUCGAAAACCAGGUUCUGUAACUAUAAGUGACCGUACUAAGGUUGUUACUACUGCUGAAGAUCUAAUGUUAUGCUCAAAACAUAGUCAAGACGAAGACAAUGUGAAUGAAGUCCUAUACAGCUUCAGGAACGCACAAAGGCGUACACAGUCGGACGGGAACCUAAGAAGACACGGUUUGCCUUCCAAUCCCUCUAUUGCAGUCAAUAAUGAUGCUACAGCAGAAUUUCUAGCUGUCUCUGGACAUUCAGAGUCUGCUCUGAUGGUAAAUGAUGAGAAGGAGGGCAUAGCAAAGUUGCCGCCAUCGAUUUCAGUGAGAACAGCCAGUAAUUCUUCAUCUCAAGGGACUAUGGCCAUGGAAAAGGGUUUACUGGCUGGAAUGACCGCCUUGGCUGGCACGAAAUCACCUGAAAGGACAAUACAAAAUGUUGACGUAGUUUAUUCUACACCAGGACCACUGUAUUUGGAUCUAUACUCUCGAGACGAUGGUACAGGAGCUCUUGUAAAAGGAUUUAGGAGAAAACCCGAUGGGUCGAUGGCAGAUGCUGAAGCUUCGGGUCGAGUAUUUCCUGGUGAUCAACUAGUGGCAAUCAAAAACGUGGAUGUGACCAAGAUGGUGUUUAAAGACAUUAUUACGUUUGCACAAGAAGCCAAGGUCCCGUUGAAGCUGACAUUUCGCCGUUAUUAUCCGAUCAACAGGGAAGAGCGUGAAAAGGAAAAGACGAAGAUAGACAUUAACUUUUCCACUGAACCCGUAGUACCACUAAUCUCGCCGUGUAAUAGUGCAGGAUGGGGAGCUAGACUGAGCCACAUGACGAGGUCGGGGUCGUUCGAUCAGAAGACGAGCGGGACGUAUCUUGGUAAUAGCGCUCCGGUGUCAUCACCGUCACAUUCAACAGCCUCGGAGUCGAGUGGAGGAAAGUUUGGCAUAUCAUUGGGUAAGGUGGGUACUGACGGCAUGAAAAAGAGUUUGUUUCGUAUGAUUGGCAACAAAGUAUCACGGCCUGAAGAAGACAAAAGUGUGGUGAAAGCCUGGCUGGAUGGCCUUGUGUUGAAAUCACACAAAUCGGUCGAAGGACGGCAUCGCAAGACUAUAGUGAAUACAAAUACUGAUGUCUUGCACUCGACGCCAAUUGUGGCCGUAACAACGGGAGGUCGAUUUAUUGGUGUGUUAGACGACGAUAUGGAUGAGUUUUUGCUCUCGUGGUUUCGUAGAAUACCAUCUGAAACGGAUGUUAGGCAAAUUAAGGGAGUGAAGCGAUGCCCAUAUUUUCCUUCAGUAGACGACGUGGGCGCCGUUUUGUCACUUCGGUGCGAGUCACUUCGCUUUCCACAGCUACAACGUGUAGUAGAGAUGCCUCGACCGUUAGUGCUGGACUCAGACGUGGGAAAUACGGUGGAUGUAUUGCUCGAGGCUGGCGCAGGUUCAUUUUCAGCAACUUUGGCGAGUAACGAGCACGAUAGUUUUCAAAUUAAAAUAUCUGCGGUAUCGGUUACUCUUGUUAAGAUAUCGGAGGACGAAGGAGGUGUUGUGGUGGAGGCUGUCUAUGGUCCAUUUCUCCAAGUUUUACUUGAUCCAAGUGACCAGCUCCGAUUCACGCUCAAGGUGCAAGAGUUUGGAGGCUUCUUGGGUAACCGUAAAGGGGAUAUUUGCGAUUUAAAAAAGCGACAGGCGCAGCUUGAGGAUAUAUCCUGCUUCUUUUUAGUGGCUCAAAACAGGCAGAAUCGUGAUAUUUUGACGCUGCUAAUUCGCAAGUUUCGAGCACGCACGAUCACACCUGAGCAUGAACAAGUAGCUCAAGCUGACGAAAUGAAUCUGUUCAUGGACCCUGCAUUUGUCGCUGCAAUAGCACCACCGCCACUAGCGCUGACUGCAUCUCAAUCCGUUGAGUCAAACUCGGGCGCAGUAUCUCCUGCUAGCAAUUCUGUUGCGACAGGAGAGACAUCAAGCAGUGAAGGGUCACCAACAACGGUAGCUGCUUCAGUAUCCGGUAUGGUUUCUUCUCUUGGAACUAGGAAUACUCAUGGUGUGCGCUUACAAAGUGAGGAGUCGUUAAGCUGUACGUCUAGUCCGCGGCUCAGUGACCUAGUUGGCUUAGAAUCGGAUAAUUCUGGUCAACAACUAAAAAGCGAGCGAUGGUCGGACUUGGCUACUUCUGCAGCAACACCACCUCGUGCUGCCGUGGCACCAAGCAAAAGUGGGUCUGGAAUGGGUAGUGAUAACGUUGUUAUCGACAAUUCGUUCGUAGAAGGUCGAAUUGCUGCCCAGGGCAAUGAAAUUAUCAUGCUUCGAGAGAAGCUUGCUGUGGUGUCAGUUCUCGUAAAAGCAGCAAAGCAGGAGAACAAACAGGUAUUGGCGUCCUUGGAGAUGAAGAACAAUUGCAUUGAAGUGCAAAAGAUGAAGAUUCGACAGCUUGAAAAGCUAGCAGAGCAACGUGAAUUGCAAACACGCGAAAUGCAAAACUUGCGCAGUAGACUUGAGGAUGAAGAGCGGCAUCAUGCAUUGUGCAGAGAAGAACUGCGGCAGGUAGCUGCAAUAGCAGCUAAGCGAGUAUUAGAAGUACGAGAGGAAGGUGUUCAAACAGAGGCCCAGUUCUUAGAUGGAGAAGGACUGAUAUAUGUAAGAUCAGGCUGGAAAUAUAACACCUGGUCUGGCAAUGUCGCAACAGUAAGUGCAAGUGACCUGCAGUAUCAAAUCAAGGAUCAGCAGAUGCAAAUUGCACAAUUUCAGGACGAGCACGUCAACUUGGUGGCUGAACGAAAUAUGCUCCGCGCGAAAUCGAUGGAGUUGUCCAGAGAGCUUCGAAGACUUGUUGAAGCCAAUGACAAUCGACCACUAGAUGAUCUUAAGGUACAACUUGCGGAGCGAAGCAGCCUCCAGGUUGAGCUUGCUUCUGUUAAGGCUGAUGCAAAGAGAAAAGGAGAUGAACUGGUAGAGCUGAAAUGUCUAGUCAAUAGUGCCGGUGACAAGGGCAAGGGUGCAAAGCGUCUUGCAGCUCAGAAUGUGAAGCUCCAGCGUACUGUACAUCAAUUGAAAGAUUCUCUCAGUGAGGCUAGAGAUCAAGUCGAUGCUGUUAAAAAGAUCAAUAGCGCUCUUGCAUCACGUCUUCGUUGUCUGGAACAGGACCGACGUGGUAGUAUUGUCGAACCUGCAUCGACCACUGCUUCGGCUAGCAUUCCUUUCUUUUCAUCAGGCGGUGAAGACGACGAUGACGACGAUGAUGACGACGACGAUGAGGAGGAAGAGGAUGAAGAGCUAAAGGAUGGUAUUGCUGCAUUUCGAAAAUCACUGGUAGGUACAUGA